AAAGUUUUUAAAGCAUGUGCUCAGUAAACUGAUCUUCUGCACCCUACUUCCAGUCUUUUGGUAGUUUAUACUUAACAUCAACAAAAGAUAUGAGAUCUGAGUGAAAAUUUAAUUUUCGUAAAUCUCUCCUUUUCUGGUACUCGUUUCUUCUUCUUCUUCUUCUUCUUCUGCUAUUAUCCAAAGCUCAGAUUUUAAUUUUACUUCAACAAUGGCCGAUGAACCUUUGCCCUCUCGCUGGUCUUUUCUGUUUGGGAGGAAGAGAUUAGCUGAGCCACAAGAUGAUCAAGCUGCCGAUGCGCCCGUCUCCAAUGGCACUGAUUCGAAUGUGACCUCUAAUGGAAACCAUUCUGUCAAGAACACGUCUGAAAUGGCUAUUUACGAGCAGUACCGAAAACAGGAUGCGAACGGGGUGCACUCUAAUGGUGCGGUGUCUAAUGGAUUUGAUUCAAGACCGCAAAAGUCUCUUCUUCCUGCUUUUGAAACUGCAGAAAUGCGUGCUUUAGGGGAGAGUUUGAGUAGGGACAUUGUUCGAGGAAAUCCAGAUGUUAAGUGGGAAAGCAUAAAGGGGUUAGAGAGCGCUAAACGUUUGCUUAAAGAAGCUGUCGUUAUGCCAAUAAAAUAUCCCAAGUACUUUACAGGUCUUCUUUCACCAUGGAAGGGUAUUCUCCUUUUUGGCCCCCCAGGGACGGGAAAGACAAUGCUAGCAAAGGCUGUUGCAACUGAAUGCAAGACAACAUUUUUCAAUAUUUCAGCAUCAUCUGUAGUCAGCAAAUGGCGUGGUGAUUCUGAGAAGUUAAUAAAAGUACUUUUUGACCUAGCUAGGCAUCAUGCACCGUCUACCAUAUUUCUUGAUGAAAUUGAUGCCAUUAUAAGUCAGCGUGGAGGUGAAGGGCGCAGCGAGCAUGAAGCAAGUAGACGUUUGAAAACGGAGCUACUUAUACAGAUGGAUGGUUUGACGCGGUCAGACGAGCUCGUGUUUGUCUUGGCAGCAACAAAUCUCCCCUGGGAAUUGGAUGCAGCCAUGCUCCGUCGUCUUGAGAAGCGAAUCCUUGUUCCACUCCCAGAACCAGAAGCAAGAAGAGCAAUGUUUGAAGAACUUCUGCCCGAGCAGCAUGGUGAGAAAGCUCUACCUUAUGAUACAUUAGUGGAAAGGUCAGAAGGUUAUUCGGGUUCAGAUGUUCGAUUAGUCUGCAAAGAAGCAGCCAUGCAACCUUUGAGACGUUUAAUGACAGUCCUUGAAAGUAGCCUGGAACAAUUGCCCGACAAUGAGCUGCCUAAGGUUGGGCCAAUUACAUCUGAUGAUAUAGAAAUUGCCUUGAAGAACACAAGACCAUCAGCUCAUUUACAUGCUCAUCGCUACGAGAAGUUCAAUACAGACUAUGGCAGUCAAAUACUGGGAUGAUGGCUGCCACCGCCAAGAUACUUCUUAAUUUUCCAGAUUUUCUAGUCUUAUUAAUGCCUACUACUUCGUACUUGGAGUGAGGUUAGACUACGGAAACUAGAAGAUUACUCAUUCACAAAUAAUAUGUCCGAGAAACAUUGGUUAAACAUAGAGUAAGAAAUCCAACUAUUUCCAAAUUUCAAUUAUACUUUAUGGCAAGAGCAAAAA